AUGAUGGUUUCAUAUAAUACUGACAAAGAGAUAAUAGAGCUGAUAGAUAAUUUUUUUGUCAAAACGACUUCUCUAAUCUGUGCGGCAAAAUCGACUAAAUAUCAAACAUCAAGCGAUCUGCCGUCUGAAUUCGAUGAAGAAUGGCUUUUAUCAGAGACGGAUGCAGAUCUUGAGUUACCAGAGAUUAUCCGUCAGUGGUCACAAUUCGACGGAGAGAAGGAUCUUCCUCCCCUAGUGAUCGAAACAUACCUCGAUUUAAGGCAAGUGGGGCCUUCACAAUGGGUCACAUUAAGAGAUGAAGACGGAAACAUGUGGAACGUUUGCAAAGGUACAAAAAAGUCGGAGAUUGUUCUGGAGAGAUGGUUGAUAGAAUUAGAUAAAAGUUCUGCUUCUUUCAAGGGCCAUAAGCCGACGGUGGAGGAUUCCACUGGUCUUUCGAGCCAAUUGAUCCUAUUGUUUCGUUACUUGUACACUCUCAUUCAAUUGCUACCAGCGAACGAUCUUCACGUCAAUCUUUCUAAACUUUCAGAGAUUCAGGGCUCUAUGCCGGCCCUGCAAAUAUCUACAAGAGUCUUAGAUGGAUCAAAACCUAUCUUAUCUAAAGGGAGGAUUGGAUUGAGUAAGCCGAUAAUAAGUACUUACUCUAAUGUGAUCAAUGAAUCAAACGUACCUUCACACUUGGAACAAAGAAAGAUAACGUCUGUUUGGACAAAAUUUGGGUUAUUGAGAAUAUCUGUCUCAUAUAGGCAUGACUGCCAUUUUGAGCUACAUGACACUGAAGAAGACUACACAAGCAAUCAGUAUAUCCCUGAAGCAAUGGUUAAAAGAUUGGCUUCGAAUCGCUCGCCAUCAUUGUCCCCUCAAGCACAUGCUGGAUCACUAAGUUCCAUGGAUCGUCCUUCCUCACAACGAAGACCAGUUGCCAUAUCAAGGCAACUGCAGAUGUUCAAAGUAGGGUCAGUAGGUAGCGUACCGACAUUUCAAAGUCAGACACUAACUCGGAAUCCAUCCAGCUCCUCGUCUGUAGUUGCUAAUCUACAAGCUCAGAGAACAAACAACAGCCCAAUACCUACUAAUCCCACUUUGCAAUCUCAAGAAAUGCAUGUGGAAGGUACCAGUGUUGGGAGUGCUUCGAAAUACUCAUCAUCUUUUGGAAGGAUUCGACGCCAUUCUAGUACGAAACAAACAGAGCAUACCGAAAGGCUAGCAAAAUCCAGCAAACAGCCCGAGGAUCAAUCAGACACGUUAUUGGACUUUGUCAAGCUAAUAGACGAAAAGCCAGAAUUGAAGUUCAACAAGAAUAGAUCUGUGACGGUCGACAUUUCUAACUCACUAAUGAAAUUUCAAAGUCUGAAACCAACUAACGACUUUAUUAGUGAGAACUUGAGUCUCAGUACAUCAAUGGAUCCCUCUCAUGCAUCGCAAAGGCGCCGUUCAAGUUCACAUUCGCCUAUGCCCUCAUUUUCACCUGCCGUCAACUAUCCAUCGAUUCCAUCUAGGUUAUCACAAGCAGAUCUGAAUGAAGACGCGGGUGAUAAUCGGAGGAGUUCAACCGAGACUCACAGGCCAAGUGGUGUUUCAUUCCAUGGAAGUAGUGUUUCGAGCCAGCGACAAAGCCUUGGGUCUAAAGGCAGCUUCCAAUAUAACGCGAGUCCUCAAGAUGUCAAUGCGUCAAAUGAUAAUGAAGACGACGACGAAGAUGAUCUUCUGAUGCAUCAAACAGUCCUAGGCAAAUCUGGACUAAAAAAUUACACUUCGCCAAUGUCAAUGGAAAGUGUGGCUUCCUCAAUACCCAAAAACCGCUUAUCAAUUCCUCAACCAUCGCAGUAUUCUCAACCAACUACGAUUGCGGUGCCUGCUUAUGCUAAGCUACAUAGGCCUGGAAUGGAGCGCACGGAGUCGCAGGCUACUGGAAAGAGGAGAAAUUCUGAAGGGGUACUCGGAGGUGAAGAAGAAGAGGAUGAAGAUCUGCUAUUUUUUAUGAGUGACAUGAACCUUUCUAAGAUGUGA